AAAUGGCACAAGGGCUGGGGAUCGCCAUGGUGAGAAUCAAAGCGUCUUGACAGGGCAGAGAAUCAAAGCGUCUUGACAGGUUGAUCCCAAGAUCAACCCCUGCAAUGUAUGACUUGAAGGCCAGAGGAAAAGGAAAGCAGCUGACGGACUUGGCAACCGGCGACCAGCCUCGCAGUCAGCUGCACCCAGAGGGAGACCGCAGGAAAGCGCGCCAGUGCGCAGACUCCGCGGGCGCGCGCAGGCGCACGAGGAAGGGAGUGCGCCGGCAGGAGCGCCGGGACCUGCAUAGGGUUCUGGCAGGCAGGCGGUUGCCGGGGCAGUGGGCACCUCGGUCUCGUUUUUCAGAUGCGGCUGGAAGCCGCUAUGGCGCUGAGGGGCAUCUGCGUCUUGGAGCUGGCCGGCCUGGCCCCGGGCCCGUUCUGCGGUAUGAUCCUGGCUGACUUCGGGGCGCAGGUGGUGCGCGUGGACCGGCCCGGCGCGAGCGGCGACGUGAGCCACUUGUCCCGCGGCAAGCGCUCGCUGGUGCUGGACCUGAAGCGGCCGCGGGGCGCGGCAGUGCUGCGGCGCAUGUGCGCCCGGGCGGACGUGCUGCUGGAGCCCUUCCGCAGCGGUGUCAUGGAGCAACUCAAGCUCGGCCCAGAGAUUCUGCAGGGGGAGAAUCCAAAGCUUAUCUAUGCCAGGCUGAGUGGAUUUGGCCAGUCAGGAAGAUUUUCCAGGGUAGCUGGCCAUGAUAUCAACUAUUUGGCUUUGUCAGGUGUUCUAUCCAAAAUUGGCAGAAGUGGUGAGAAUCCGUAUCCGCCGUUGAAUCUCCUGGCUGACUUUGGUGGCGGUGGCCUCAUGUGCGCGUUGGGCAUUAUGAUGGCUCUUUUUGAACGCACACGCUCUGGCAAAGGUCAGGUCAUUGAUGCGAAUAUGGUGGAAGGAACAGCAUAUCUAAGUUCUUUUCUGUGGAAAACUCAAGAAUUGUGGACACAACCUCGAGGACAGAACAUAUUGGAUGGGGGAGCACCUUUCUACACGACUUAUAAGACAGCGGACGGGGAAUUCAUGGCUGUGGGAGCGAUAGAACCCCAGUUCUACCAGCUGUUGCUCAAAGGGCUACGCUCACCUGGUCAGCAAAGGAAGCACAGAUGGAGUCCUGAGCUAGAGAUGCCAUCCUUCCUGCUAAGUCCCCAGGACUUGGACUGCAAUCUGAUGAACUUCCCCAUCAGAUGAGCAUGAUGGAUUGGCCAGAAAUGAAGAAGAAGUUUGCAGAUGUAUUUGCAAAGAAGACAAAGGCAGAGUGGUGUCAAAUCUUUGAUGGCACAGAUGCGUGUGUGACUCCAGUUCUGACCUUUGAAGAGGUUGUCCAUCAUGAUCAUAACAAGGAACGGGGCUCCUUUAUCACUGGCGAGGAGCAGGACGUGAGCCCCCGCCCUGCACCUCUGCUAUCCAACACCCCUGCCAUCCCUUCUUCCAAAAGAGAUCCUUUUGUGGGAGAACACAGCAAGGAGAUACUUAAAGAAUUUGGAUUCAGCCAGGAAGAGAUUGAUCAGCUUAACUCAGAUAAAAUCAUUGAAACUAAUAAACCAAAAGCUAAUCUCUAACUUCCAGGCCUGCACCUCAAAUGAAUUUGAAUGCUGCAUUUAUGGUAUAGAGCAGCACAUAAAAUUGUGUGCAUGGAAACAUGCAAGAGCAGAAUCACAGUGCUCCAACUAUUCUAAUCAAGAAACAACUGAAGG